AUGGAUACAGACGAGAAUGAUGAUGCUGAAGAAAGAGAAGAUGAAGAAGAGGAUGAGGAAGAGAUAGAGGAAGAGAUAGAGGAAGAGGAAAAUGAGACACCGGUGAAAACAAGAAAGAAGAUGGCAUUUUCAACGCAAGAAUCAUCGACGUCUUCAUCAUCUUCCAGAAGAACAUCCUCAUCACUAACCAAUGGAUCAAAAAGCAAAACAAAGCAGGGAGCAUCGAACAGCAAGGGCUCAAAGUCAAAUGUUCCCGCCAACAAGAAAGCACCAUCAAUGAGGACGAGGAGGGAGGGAGCGGCUGCCAAAGUGGCCAAAAAGUACCAAGAUUUUGAGGUCUCCUUAAAAACAUCAUCGAAGAAAAAAUAA